AUGGCUACCGAGACGGAAAACGGCCGUAUCGUGCAGGAUAACGAUGACUCGACCCCCGAGCCAUCCUUCUACGAUCAGAAGGAUGCUCGCCAGGUUAUAGGCAAAAUAAUUAGUUCAAACUUCGCGGUCAUGGUAGCUGGACUGAAUGACGCUGCCACUGGUGUCCUGAUACCCUACAUCCAACCGACCUACGACAUAGGUUUGCUGCAAGUCUCAUUCAUUUAUCUCGUCAAUUUUACCGGCUGGCUUUGCGCCUGCUUUGCCAAUAUCCAUGUCUGCUCCAGGCUAGGAACGGGGGGCACGCUACUCUUGGGCGCAACGGUUCAAUGCCUCGGGUAUGCGCUCAUGUUCUGGCACCCGCCCUAUCCUCUUUUCAUGGCCGCCUUCUUUUUCACAGGCAUGGGUGUCGCUUUCCAGGAUGCGCAGGCAAAUGCCUUCACUAUCACUGUGAAAAAUGCUCAUAGAUGGCUGGGUAUACUCCAUGCUGUAUAUGGAUUGGGAACUAUCAUUGCUCCACUGAUUGCUAACACAAUCGCCUCGCGGACGCCAGAAUGGCAUCAUUACUAUUUGAUCGUGUUUUGCGUGGGCGUUGUGAAUAUCUUGCUUCUCGCUUGGACGUUCAGGCGAGGUCUUUUCCGACCUAAUGUGCAAAAUGCCAAGGAUACCGCUGGCAGUGAAUUGAAGGCUACGCUAGCUAAUCGAUCGGUGUGGAUCCUGAAUGGAUUCUUCUUCCUCUAUGCUGGUGCGGAGGUGGCUUCUGGAGGAUGGAUUGUUCAGUUCAUCGUCUCAGUAAGACAUGGUGACCCGAAGAAAGUAGGUUAUAUCGCCUCCGGCUUUUGGACUGGCUUUACCGUGGGCCGAGUCCUGCUCGCGGACAUCACACACAAAUUUGGUGAACGUCGAAUGGUGUUCAUUUAUCUCGUGCUGGCACUGGCGAUGCAGCUCAUGUUCUGGAUCGUUCCGAGUAUCCCAGUAAAUGCUGUCGCAGUUUUCCUCUUGGGAUUCUUCAUUGGACCGUUUUACCCUGUUGGACUGUAUGUUCUUACCGAAAUCGUGCCCCCGGAGCUACAUGUCGGGGCGAUAGGGUUCACUGCGAGUCUAGGACAAGCUGGCUCGGCCGCUUUCCCCUUCAUGACAGGCGCAAUAGCCUCGAAAGCGGGUGUUCAAGUCUUGCAACCGAUCAUGGUCGGCUUGCUUAUUGGUAUCGGCAUAUUUUGGGGGUUUAUUCCCAAACAGGGGGAAAUAAGGCUCGAGGACGACGACGAGAACGGUCGACUUGCAAACUAGGAUCAG